AUGAAAUCAAAUACAGUCGCUCUGAGAACAUCGGGUUUCAACACCUUCAUCAUCUUCGGCGUGGGCGUCCGUAAUAACGGUGACAUCAUGUACUAUUCGAAUACACCCGGAAGCCAGGACGUCCUGCUCACCUCGAACGGGACUUACGUUGGUGGCGACGCACUUGCAGAGAAGGUACGCUCUUUCAAGACAGGCAAUGUCACAGGCGUGGACCGCCUCGAGAUCUCUAUGAACGCCCAAAACAUUCGCAAUCUGUUAGCGAACCCGGGCCCGAGCCCGGGCACCACACUAUACCGAAGCUUUAAGGCAUUGAAGGCAGCUUGGAGUUUGGAUGCUGUCAACAAUGAUGACGAAUCCAUAUACGAUAUCGCAAGUACCGUGACCUUUGCAAAGUUGCUGGGGAACAUCGGGUAUAAAUACACCAUUGCGCCAUACACGAACAUCAAUUUUUGGAACACGAUAAAAGCGCAGAUCAAUUCAGGAUUAGCGGAGCCCAGUCUCCUUCUUGACCGAGUAUAUCUUCAGUGCUAUGAUGGGGGUGCACGCAACAACCCUAGUAGUUGGCAGAACACACUCGGAAUGAAGGUCGUGCCUUUGUUAUGGGUCACUAACGACUCAAAGCCGGCCUAUGGUACGACAGCUGCCCAAGCUCGGACAAAGUUCACGGGUUGGAACCGGCAGAGCACGCUUGGUGGUGGAGGCUAUUGGAACGACUAUGAUAUCGAGAAAAUGGGCUUGUCAUACACGCAAUAUGGUGAUGUUCUGAAGAGCUUGUUCCCGUAA